AUGGAUGUGGCCUCCAGACAUACAUCGAGGCUGCUCCGGUCUCUCCCCCGCAGCUCCUAUCGGUUACUCCAUAAUUCUCGCCUUCCUGCCUCCAGUCUCACAACCACGAACACCCUGAACCGCAUUCAACGAAGAAAUGUCUCCUCAUCAUCUCGAAAACUGGCACCCGAACAGUCUCUCCUGAACUUUGGAGGUGGUCCUGCGACGGGCGGCGUGCCCUCCUACUUUGCGAAUCACUCCGCACUUCCCAUGAACACCGUCGUCCGUUUCGUCCCCCAACAGACCGCGUGGAUUGUAGAGCGCAUGGGAAAGUUCCACCGCAUCCUGGAUCCCGGUCUUGCGAUUCUGAUUCCGUUCCUCGACCGCAUCGCCUACGUGAAGAGCUUGAAGGAAUCGGCCAUCGAGAUACCCAGCCAGAAUGCUAUUACGGCGGACAACGUGACACUGGAGCUUGACGGUGUGCUGUAUACGAGGGUUUUCGAUGCUUACAAGGCCAGCUACGGCGUCGAGGAUGCCGAGUAUGCCAUCUCCCAGCUUGCGCAGACCACGAUGCGUUCGGAAAUCGGCCAGCUUACACUCGACCAUGUGCUCAAGGAGCGUGCGACAUUAAAUACCAACAUCACGCAAGCCAUCAACGAGGCGGCCCAGGCCUGGGGCGUGGUCUGCCUGCGGUACGAGAUCCGGGAUAUCCAUGCCCCCGAGGGUGUGGUGGCUGCCAUGCAUCGCCAGGUGACGGCCGAGCGGUCGAAGCGCGCCGAGAUUCUCGAGUCCGAAGGCCAGAGACAGAGUGCGAUCAACAUCGCCGAGGGUCGCAAGCAGUCCGUCAUUCUAGCUUCGGAGGCCAUGCGGGCCGAACAGAUCAACCGUGCCGAUGGUGAGGCCGAGGCUAUUCUUCUGCGCGCGCAGGCCACCUCCCGCGGCGUCGAGACCGUGGCUCGGGCUAUCGAAGCCGGCAAGGAGAAUGCCCACGCAGCUGUCAGUCUCAGCGUGGCUGAGAAGUACGUGGACGCGUUCUCGAAAUUGGCUAAGGAAGGUACUUCGGUGGUCGUCCCCGGUAAUGUGGGUGACCUGGGUGGAAUGAUUGCGAACGCCAUGGCUGUCUACGGCAAUGUCACCGGCAGCCAGGCGAAGAGCAUCGCGGCCAAGUCUCUGGGAGUGCAAGCACCAGGUUCGGUGGAGUCCUCAUCCCGCAAGUCAGAGCAUGAUCAGACGCCCAACUCGGAACAGCAGACUGGCAAGGACGGUGUCGUUAGAGAUGUGUUGCAGAGUUUCGACCAGACCACCCAGAGCGAGAGAAAAGAUUUCGAAGUAUACAGUUGCGAUGUUUCGCCCGAUGGAAGCCGACUCGUGACGGCCGCCGGAGAUGGAUAUGUUCGAAUUUGGUCCACGGAGGCGAUCUGCAAUACGGACGACCCCGAGGUCGCGAACAAGCCGAAACAACUGGCGUCGAUGAGCAACCACUCCGGAACGAUACACACCGUUAGAUUUUCGCCGAAUGGGAAAUACUUGGCGUCGGGCGCCGACGAUAAGAUUGUUUGUAUCUACGCUCUGGAUGCGAAUGCGCCUUCCCAUGCUUCAACGUUCGGUUCGAACGAGGCACCGCCGGUAGAGAAUUGGCGCACAACUCGCAGAUUGAUCGGGCAUGACAACGACGUUCAGGACCUGGGAUGGUCGUACGAUUCUUCAAUUCUGGUGUCUGUCGGCCUGGAUUCUAAGGUGGUGGUCUGGUCAGGGCAUACCUUCGAGAAGCUCAAGACUCUGUCGGUGCACCAGAGUCAUGUCAAGGGCAUCACCUUCGAUCCGGCGAACAAAUACUUCGCCACGGCUAGCGAUGACCGUACCGUUCGCAUCUUCCGAUUUACCUCCCCGACGCCGAACUCGACGGCUCAUGAUCAGAUGAACAAUUUCGUCCUCGAAACCAGUAUCCUGGACCCCUUUAAUAAUUCCCCCCUCACCGCCUAUUUCCGUCGAUGCUCGUGGUCUCCGGAUGGUAUGCAUAUCGCGGCCGCGAAUGCCGUGAACGGACCCGUCAGCUCUGUGGCUAUCAUCAACCGUGGAACGUGGGACGGGGAUAUCAACCUGAUCGGACAUGAAGCUCCGGUGGAAGUGUGCGCGUUCUCUCCCCGACUGUAUACACCGAUCAACCAACAGACUGCCGACGGCCAUGCGCCGCCCUCCGUCACAGUCAUUGCCUGUGCCGGAGGCGAUAAGUCCUUGAGCAUCUGGAUCACGAGUAACCCUCGACCACUGGUGGUCGCCCAAGAGCUAGCGGCCAAGUCCCUAUCGGAUUUGGCAUGGAGCCCCGACGGUAAAUGUCUCUACGCAACCGCCCUGGACGGAACGAUCUUGGCGAUACGGUUCGAAGACGGGGAUCUUGGGUAUCCCAUGGAAAUGGAGGAGAACGAGAAGUCGCUCACCAAAUUCGGUACGAAUCGGAGGGGUGCUGGCAUUGCGGAGACUACGGAUGGAUUGCUACUGGAGGAAAAGAGUAAAGCCGGGGAGAUCAAGGACGUCGAAGGGAGAAUGGGCGCUUUGAUGGGCGAUGACCACGCGGCCUCAGGAAACGCCGUUAACGGGAAGUCGACCCCGUUGCCGUCGAAUGGAGUCACCCCAGCCCGAGCUGCGUCGCCCCCUGCGGAAACCCCGAAGAACCAACCCAACGGCACCUCAGUGACCCCGGCCGCCCCCGAGGCGCCAAAGCCCGACCCAUACCAGGCCAAGCUGGAAAGGCUGAAGCAACGUCCGACCUACACCAAGGACGGCAAGAAGCGCAUUGCACCCCUUCUGGUGUCCGGUGCAGGGGCGGCCGAAUCCUCGCUGCCCCAAGCACGGCUCAUGGCGUCGGUCAGCAACCAAGUGAAGGCCGACACACCCCAGUCCAUUGUGGAUCUCUCCAAACCCUUCGACGGCCUACCAAAAGGGGGGCUGGCGUCGCUGCUGUUUGGCAACAAACGAAAACUUGCUCAAUUAGAGGGGGACGACGACGGCCAUGUGGAAAAGCGAGUCGCCGUGGCAAGCGCAAACGGCGCAACCCCGAUUCUUGCCAACACGCCCGACGGUCUCCUCCCGGCACAACCACAACCCCCCUCCGUGGGACAGCAACCCACGCCCGACUUUAUCCGCCCUGCGGUUGUCAACCCGUCCAUGGCGAUGAGUCAACUUCGAAUGGCGGUUCCCAAGGUCCGUAGCCAGAUCGUUCGGGCCAUCGACUCGGCCGGGAAACCCACGGAGCCGCCGGGCACAGCGGCCGAAUCCAGCAAGUCGCGGGUGGACGUGGUGUUCGAGGCGCGCAACCCGUCUCCUGCCAGCUUGACGGGCCGCGCUGUCGAUCGAGAACCGGUGCGACUGACACUGUCGCGGGGUGAACAACCCGUCUGGCAGGACUUCCUCCCACGCCCGGUUCUGCUUGUGACGGGUAACCAGCACAUGUGGGCUGCAGGUUGUGAAGACGGAUCUAUUUACAUUUGGACUCCGGCCGGCCGCCGUCUCGUCAGCGCUCUGGUGCUGGAGGCGCAGCCGGUGAUCCUGGAAUGCAACGGGCCGUGGCUCCUGGCCAUUUCCGCCGUCGGCAUGUGCUACAUCUGGAACGUGCAGCAUCUCUCCUCGCCACACCCUCCCAUCUCCUUGCAACCGGUGCUGGAUGCGGCGGUGCACACGCUGGGGGCGCACCCGUCGGCGGCACCGGCGGUAACGAAUGCCCGCGUGAACUCGGAGGGCCGGGUGGUGGUGGCGCUGUCGAAUGGCGAAGGAUACACCUACUCGCCGGCCAUGUACACGUGGCAGCGCAUCUCGGAGGCGUGGUGGGCAGUCGGCAGCCAGUACUGGAAUACGACGGACGCGCCGGUGGGUAAUCUGCAGUCGACGGAUUCGCAGCAGGAGAGGGAAGCUAAGGCAACGGUGUCGGCGGGCAUCAUCCCGUUCUUGGAGCGCAACACGACCAACGAGACCUUGCUGCGCGGACGGGCGUACUUUCUCCAGCGGCUGAUCAAGGUCCUGCUGUCGCGCGAGGGCUACGAGAGUUUCGAGUCCAGCGUGUCCAUUGCGCACCUGGAGAACCGACUAGCGGCGGCGCUGUCCCUGGGCGCGAGGGAAGAGUUCCGGCUGUAUCUGUCGAUGUACGCUAAGCGCAUCGGCGCGGAGGGACUCAAGGUGAAGGUGGAGGAGUUGUUGAAGGGACUCAUCGGGGGACUGUUUGAAGAGGAGGAGGCUGGCAGCGGGAAACGACUGCAGGCGAAUGAACAGGAGGACCGCAACUGGGGCGAGAGCUCGGAGACCCUCUGUGGCUGGCCACGAGAGGUGCUGCUGAAGGAGGUGAUUCUGGCGCUGGGUAAACACCGAGACCUGCAACGGGUGACGGUGCCAUAUGCGAAGCUACUGGGGGUGGUGGAGAAUGAGUCGGAGGCGGGCGAAGCGAUGGAACCCAAAAAGAAAUCCAAGUCCAAAAUGCCCCCCAAGAAGGCCGUCGUGCAAGAGAAGGUGCUCCUGGGCCGUCCGGGUAACAACUUGAAGAGUGGUAUCGUUGGUCUGGCCAACGUCGGUAAAUCGACUCUGUUCCAAGCCAUCACCAAGUCGUCGCUGGGUAACCCGGCCAACUUCCCCUAUGCCACCAUCGAUCCCGAAGAGGCGCGCGUCGUCGUCCCCGACGAGCGUUACGAUUGGUUGUGCGAGCACUACAACCCCAAGUCGCGUGUCCCUGCCAACUUGACGGUUUACGAUAUCGCCGGUCUGACCCGCGGUGCCUCCACCGGUGCCGGUCUGGGUAACUCUUUCUUGUCGCACAUCCGUGCCGUCGACGCUAUCUUCCAGGUCGUCCGAUGCUUCGAUGACGCCGAGAUUAUCCACGUUGAGGGUGACGUCGACCCCAUCCGGGAUCUGACCAUCAUCAACGAGGAGCUGCGCAUCAAGGAUAUCGAGUUCACCGAGAAGGCUCUGGAGGCCCUCGGCAAGCAGACGCGACGUGGUGGCCAGACUCUGGAGAUGAAGAAGCUCCGUGAGGAGGAGGCUACCGUCGCCAAGGUGCUGGAGUUCUUGAAGGAGGGCAAUGACGUCCGUAAGGGCGAGUGGGGUCCCAAGGAGGUCGAGGUCAUCAACCCCCUCAUGCUUCUCACUGCCAAGCCGGUUGUCUACCUGGUCAACCUGAGUGAGCGGGACUACAUCCGCCAGAAGAACAAGUAUCUUCCCAAGGUCUUUGAGUGGAUCAAGGCCAACUCCCCGGGCGACCCUCUGAUCCCCAUCUCCGUGUCGUUCGAGGAGCGUCUGACUCGCUUCGAGAACGACGCCCAGGUCGAGGAGGAGUGCAAGCAGCUGAACACCAAGUCGUCGCUGCCCAAGGUCAUCACUACCAUGCGUCAGGUGUUGAACCUGGCCAGUUUCUUCACCACCGGUACCGACGAGGUGCGCCAGUGGACCAUCCGUAAGGGUAUUAAGGCUCCUGCCGCCGCGGGUGUCAUUCACACCGACUUUGAGAAGACCUUCAUCCAGGCUGUGGUGUACAACUACAGCACCCUGCGGGAGUACGGUGAUGAAGGUGCCGUCAAGGCCGCCGGUAAGGUGAUGACCAAGGGUAAGGACUACGUCGUGGAGGAUGGCGACGUGCUCCUGAUCAAGGCGGGUGCUGCUCGUGGUUAA